AUGGAGAUUUUUUUGUCUUGUGUGCCAUUAUGGGAAAUCUUCUCCUAUCUGGACACCUUCAGCUUGCUCCAGGCUGCCCAGGUGAACAAGAGCUGGCAUGAGGUUUCAGGCAGUGAUCUCCUGUGGAGAGGUGACCUGACUGGGAAGUUGUGUCUGAAAAGAUGGCCCUGUUGCGACAUCCGCCUAGAACUCCUGAACGCACAGACUUGGAAGCAGUUCUUCCUUCGCCAAACUAGGCAAGAGUACUCUAUGACCUGGGCCAAGCCAGAAGACUUCAUCUACAAAGAAAUACCUAGGGACUUUGGAUUGGGUGAUGUGAACUAUCUCUCGGGGAGGGGCUUGACCAGAGAAGGGCAAGGAAGAUCGGUUGUCUGCGUGGUGAUAUCCUUGACUCGCCUUUCCGCCUGGGAUCUUCAAGAGACAACCUGAAAGAAGUCCGGCAAGUGGGAAGAGCAUCCUCCUGUCAUGACCACCUGCAGCAGAUGCGGUGCCUGCGCAUCACCCCUUCAGUUGCUGUAGACGCAUUGCCCCGUCAGCUGUGGUAGACGCAUCACCCCUUCAGAUGCGGUAGAUGCAUCGGUGUCCGUGCAUUGCCCCUGCAGCUGCAGUUUUCCACUCGCCUCAGCUGCCUGCUUUUGUCUCUUCAAGCUCAAUGCUGGGGACAGCUGCCCCAG